AUGGCCACCAUCUGGCUGCGCACGAUCAAGCCAAACGAGUACCCUGCAGUGCCUUCAGAGGAACUCAUAUAUUCCGACAGGAUACUCAGAGGCCUCCGACUGAAGGAUAAGGACAUUCAUGCUACCGUUCAGUAUCGGAUUCCAACGGAAAUAUUUAAACAGGAGAAUUUGACCAAUUACGACCUGCGAGCCUCCUUCAUACUUAUUCCAAACACGCCAUCAUUGCUUGAUUUCGCGUCCAACUACUCAACUUGGAUUCCGUCGCACAUCAUCGUUCCCCCAGUGCGUCCCUACGAGGUCGGCCGUUCUCUUGAGGAUGAAAUAAUCGAUUCCUUUUCCUUGACCAUCCCAUUACUCGACUUUCUCAACAUUAGCUCUUCGUGUCCCGAGACCUCACGCUCUGGCAAUGCUGUCAAGCCCGCGAAAAUAAUUGGUUCCGAAGACGAGGACGAGGACGAAGAUCUCCCAAAACCUCUCGCAGAAAAGCCAACACAAAAGGAAAGGAAAUUUCUUGACCCAGCCGUGGUUUAUAGUACCUCAGAUUCAUCUCAGGUCCUCGAGUCACAUCCCUAUGUAAUCACCAGGACCUUCCUCCGCGUAGUAGACAUGACAAAGCUGUACGACCGCAAAGAAUACAACAAAUUCCACAGGGAGCUCAAACAGAAGGCGUGCCCCACCCAAGCGAAUCAAACGACAUCAGGGUUAAGCUGGGAGCUUUGCAUUCGGUCUUUUUUCCACAAUGGAAACAUGGAAACACGACUGAAGAUACGAAAGCCUGACCCAUUGGGUGGGGCAAAGAAAGUACAGUGGGCAUACGCUCCGUACAUGUCGAUCGCUCCCUUUGCAUGGGGGCCCCAGGACCUCAUCCCUAUACCUGUAAAUCGUGAAAAAUGUACACCCACUCAGGCUUCUGAUCGCGAAUUUGUGGACGUCAAGUGGACGAUUAACUUUGCCGGAAGGACGCAUGACAAGAGUCAUAUCGCUGAUACAUCCGGCUUCGCGGGCUUUACGGCGAAGUUCAACAUGACAGCCCCGGAAGAUGAGCUGAAAAAGGUCCAGUUCACAAUCGAAAGAAUGCAGGGCCUCCACGGGCACAGAUUCAACCAAGAUGUUCAUCCCAGACGACACUUUGUUUUCAGUAUGAUUGGGUUGUUCAUCUAUGCUGUCGUGAAGAUAUUGAACGCACAUUACUGGUAUUCUCUCACAUCUACGAUUGGAAUAUCCUGGCCUGGUGUUAGCCUCCUGGCUCUAUCGGGAGUCCUUUCCACUCUUUCUAGUAUAAUCACCACCGAUUCCGAUCCCUCUUACCUUUGGAUUUUCCUCAAAUCGCUGCCUUCUCUGGUAAUUCCCUGGCUGAUGAUCAAGGCCCUCCUACGUCUGGAAUUUGACUGGUGGAGAGGUGGAUAUGUGCCGACUAUCAAAUUCAUGCCGCCGACGCACGGUGAGAAGGUCAAUCAAAGGCUGAACGAUGCCGCCAGUCGGCAGAUUGCCUUGACGAUGUUUCUUGUGGUUUGUGCCGUAUACUAUUUCAUCCAGCCCAAGGAUGUUGGGAUCAUCAACCCAAGCACCAACGGAUCGCCGAAAGAACCGCCUUCUCCAAGCCUGAUUGUUCAACUUCUGACACUCAUCAUCCCAGCGGCUUACCUUGUUGGGAUGGGAAUGCAGUUGUGGUUCAAUCGCCGCUCGAGGAUGUUCGCCGGGCAGUAUAGGGUAUCUGCAUUGCUAACCUUCAUUUCCUAUCAGCGGCCGCUUCUUAUGGGAAAUUCGAGAGUGGGAGCUGGCGAUUUUGGACAUCCUGGAUUCUCGGUAGAUGAUCUGUUCCAUUGGGUCGUUACGGCCGCUGCGGCCUGGCAGUCGUUCAAGUAUCCAACAGUGAAGAAAGAAGAUUGA